UCACCUCGGCAGUCGGUCGCGCGUUACCGAGCAAAGUGGAUAAGUUCGCGAACGCGCUCCCGCUAAGAAACCUCAUUUUUCUUCAUUCUCGUCCUCUCUCCCAUAAUCCAAGUAUUCCCAUACGACGACUACGCAUCGUGUUUCUACGAUUUUCUAUAACUUUCUUUGUAUAUUGAUACAUUUACUACGCUUUACAGUUAUAUACGUAUAUAUAUAGAGAGAAAUAUAUACACGGUAUAUAUUAUUAUUAAUAUUAUUAUAUUGUGCGAAAGAUAAUAUAUAUAGAUAUAUCAUCGUCGUCGAAUUUCUAACGAUAAGUCGACGCCCGAUCAUCGAUAUAUACCAACACGCCGCACGCACGCACACGCGCCCGCGUAGUGAUAAACAAAGGAGGAAAUAUUAAAAAAAAAUAUUAACUUUUUGAGAAAGUUCGUGCUGAUUCAGUGUUAACGUUCCAUUACAAGGAAAGUUAGAAGAAUAUAUUGCUAAAAGGAGAUUCUUAAGGACCUUCAUUUUGAGGAAUCUUUUUAAGAACGAUCCCCCCAACGUUACCACACGGUAAAAAGUGAGCAAGCGCUUGUGCGCAACAUUGAUAAAGGAAAAGAUAAAGAUAGAAGAAGAAAGAGGAUAAUAUAAAGUAGCGAUUCGAAAGGAUUAAAGAAAAGUAAAGAUGGGUGCCAGACAAAGCAAAAGGUCAGUCGAUAUAACGACGACGCCGAAGAAAGAAGGUGUCCCAAGCGAAGGUGCUGUUGGUGAUGCAGCAACACCUGGUGAUGGAAAACUAGAAAGGAUCGAGGAAAGCGAUGCUAAACCAACGACCAAUGGCAUUGCUUAUCGUACCGACGUUAACGAAGAUAAAGACAAAGACAAGGAUGAUACUAAUGAGAAGGAUAAGGAAAAGGAAAAGGAAAAGCAACAAUCUGAAGAAGCAAAGCCAGAGGACACGAAGCAAGAAUCGUCAGGUGAAUCUCCAGCAGAAGGUGCGGAAGUAACAACGCCUACAGAAGGUAAUGCUGCAAGUCCCAACACUGUAGCAUCGCCAGAAAGCAAAGAGCCUAAAAAAAAAGAGAAGAUGAGGAAAAAGUGGUCUUUGAGGUCGAUCAGCUUCAGUAAGAAGGACAAGAGCAAGCCGGCUCGUGAAGAAGCACCUAAGAAUGGAGACGUCACGAAAGAAGAGCCGCUGCCAGAGAGCGGUGAGGAUUGUGAUCAAGGAGCUGUGAGCGGCAGUCCAGCGGAAGAAAACAAAUCCGAAGCAAGCAGUCCGUCAGAAAAUAACAGCAGUACGCCAUUAUCACCGGCAGUAGAGGCAAACGAAGAGUCAACAACAGCAACAACGACGACGGCGACGACGACAACAACAGCGGCACCAGCAGCAGCACCAGCAGAUGCUACGACACCAGAACAAUCAACAGAAGCACCAACAGCAGUCGCAGCAGCAGCAGCAGCAACAACGACGCCACCAGCAACUAGCCCAGUUGUCGAGGAAAAGAAAGAGGAGCCCACUCCUUCCGCCCCUACUCCCGUUCCUCUAGAGGAUAAGAAAGGAGAUGUCGAAAAUGUCGAGGGGGAAAAGAAAGUAGUUGAGAGCGCUCCGGAAGUCGAAAUACCAGUUGUGGAAAAAGCCGUGACUCAUGAAGUUGCUACGACAGAAAAUAAUAUUGAAGAAGCUGCUCCUAAGGUGGCACCACCAGCAAUCCCAAUCGAAGUUCCUGCUUCACCCCCAUCUGCCCCCGCCAUUACUGAGGAUGUUGCUUCGGUCACUAAGGCCAUCGAGGAAAUUGAAAUUAGCGACAAAGCUGUUGCAGCGGCGGUUAACGAGGCCAUUGAAUGUAACACGAAUGAAAUAAUCGCCGACGCACAUCACCAAAACAACAUGAACGAAUAAACGCCAUUUAACCGAAUUGUAUCUUGGGAUGAAGAAAAUUUUUUUCUCUCGUUAAAACCAAAAAAGUAUAUUAUAUAGAUAUGUAUAUUUGGACCAUUCCUACUAACUAAACCAGAAAAUAACGUUCUUUCGUUACGAGCAACAACAACAAAACAAAACAAAGCAAGCAACAAAUAAAUAAACAAGAUAAAAUAGUAAAAAAGAAAUGAAGGAUAGAAAGAAAGAGACAGGUAGAAAGAGAAUAACGAUGUUACCUGAGCAUCGCGAUAAGAAGAACAAAAAUAAUAAUAAUAAGAAUAAUAAGGAGAAGAAGAGUAAGAUGAAGAAGAAGAUGAACAUUAUAGACUUUAAAUAGUAGGCCUAUUAAUUAUUAUGAUGAAAACAAAAGCCGGCAGGGUGAGAAAAAAAAAGAAAAA